AUGAACGACUUAAUUCUAAGGGAGAAGCUGCUGGAAGCGAUGUUAGGGUGCGAUGAAGGAAGAGUGUACGAGUAUUGUGCGAUUCUGAUAAGAAAAAUUGCUUUAAUAAAUGAGAAACAUCGGCUUGUCGAAACAUUUAAGCAACUGUCAAUGUAUGGUAAGAAAAAGUCCAUCGAGAAUGUUAUUGCCAGAUGCAAGACAAAGAGCGAUGAGAAAGGCAAACAUAAUUUUUUGAUGAUGCCAGCAACAGUUCAAAGCUCAACAAGAGAGCUAAAAACAAUACUUUAUUAA